AUGGGCAAGUUCUGUGAACACUGCGCGAUUAUCCUUUCGCUACAGGUUGAACCAGAGGCAUGGAGCCAAGACUUUCCUCUUCGCUCCAUCGACGACUAUGCCCCUCUAGCACACUUCAGAACUGUCAAGGAACUCCUCGAAUCUGCAGACAGCUGUCGCCUCUGCGAUAUCAUCCAAUCUUCUUGGUCGCUACCAGCCCUUCACAAGCGGUAUCCGGACCUUAAGGAACAAGAUUACGCGUCACUCCAACUUAAAUUUAAAAUUACGAAAGCUGUAUCUGAUCGUAUGGGUGUGUCUUGCAACUUUAUUGGUGGGGACAUCAUUGUACCGUGGCAUGCUUUCGCAGAUAGCUUCAAGCUGACGAUCACUACUUGUCAUGUUGGUACGGAUGUUAGCCAGCUCCCAAUAUGGGAUUGCAAAGAACUCACCAAGGAGGAUAGGAUCAAGACCAUCAAGUCUUGGUACACAGAAUGUUCAUCUCAGCAUGCUGGAUGUAAACCGACCACUCACGGGUGCCCAAGGCGACUUAUCCAGGUAGGACCAGAGAAGCAUGAUCUCCGACUGGUUGACACCCUUUCGCAACCUUUUGGCAAUAUUGAAUAUGCUACUUUGAGCUACUGCUGGGGAACGUCGCGUCCGUUUGUAACCACCAAGGACAACAUUGGCACUUUACUUCAGAGUAUACCAGCAACGUCUCUUCCUCAAACAUUCUAUGACGCUAUUGACAUAAUUUGGGAUCUGGAGCUUCGAUACAUAUGGAUAGAUAGUCUUUGCAUUGUGCAAGAUGACCUGCAAGACUGGCAAAGAGAAGCCGCGUCCAUGAAAGAUGUAUAUGCGGGUAGUUCUAUCACUAUCUCAGCGUCAGAUGCACAAGAUAGCACUCAGGGCUGUUUUGUUGACAUUAAUUUGGAUCUUUGGGGUGGACGCGAUGUUGGAGUUCAUCAAAUGGGAGCCCACUUCCCUAACAAAAAGGAAUUCUCGAUACGAUUCCAUAAAGGGGAUAUUAGACGCCGCACCAAAUUCUCAAACUUGAGCACCAGAGGCUGGACUAUGCAAGAACAAUUACUGUCUCCCCGAGUUGUACACUGUAUGCAGCCUGAGAUACACUGGAGCUGUCACUGUAGCUACCGUACAGAGUCGCAAGCCACCUUUGAAGACGACAGAUUCAAGAGCUUCUCGUGGAGGUUCAUGCCACAGGAUGCUACUAAAGAAGAAAUGCAGAAAUUAUGGCCCGAUUGGAUGGCAGAUUACUCGAGCAGGAAACUGACUGUCACGAGAGAUCGUCUUGGGGCGCUGGCAGGAAUGGUGCAGUACUUUGGCAACAAAGUCGGAUUCACUCAUUUGCUGGGCUGCUGGUAUGAAACCCUGGUUGACGAGUUACUCUGGAUUCGGCGUGGUGACACUAUUGAUUCAUCUGUGGCUCUUUCCCAGGUACCAUCUUGGUCAUGGCUCACUCGUGUAGGUGAAAUCAGCUUCACGUUCUGGUCCCGUUCUAUGGGCAAGGAUCCUUGUAGUGUACGGGACCACAUCAAAAUCGUGGAAGCUGACAUCACUUGGGCUGGCGAACCUAUGGUUUCCGAGAUCUUAUCCAGUACCAUGACUGUUGAAGGACCAGUACGACAGAUGAGACUCCGCUUGGACCCCAGAACCAAGAAAUUCAACCCACCCUUUAUGAAUGUCGGCGACGAAAAGCCCGAUUUCAGCGAGACUCCACUUCCUUGGCGGUGUACAGGAAGGUUCGAUCUUGAGGAUGAACGAGAUGAUGAUAUGUUUACUUGCUUACUUGUACGCUCGGUUUCCCCAAAGGAUCGCAGUAGUCUGGCGUAUCCAUGUCAAGAAACUUUCCUUCUAUUAGUGCCAGUGCCGACUUCUGAAGGUACGUCUUACAACAGGGUCGGCCUUGCCAUGAUACGUGGGGACGAGACCGAGUUCGCAUCGGCUGAGACGAAGACGAUCCAUUUAUUAUAG